UGUGAUUGUUAAAAGGUCCGUAUUUUGAAACCUUUCAUAAAGAAAAAGGAAAACCUUCCUCUGAGAGGUUUUAGGUUCUUCUCAAGAGAUACAGUUAACAAAUCCCUCUGUGGCCCGUUAGGGUUUCUGAUUUUAUCUCAUCAUCAUCCUCACUCUCCCUCUAUCGCCUUCUCUUCAAUCACGACCGCCAUGGAUAGAUACCAGAAGGUCGAGAAACCCAAACCCGAAUCACCCAUUAACGAGAAUGAGAUCCGUAUCACUAGUCAAGGCGCCAUUCGUAACUACAUCACCUAUGCUUCUACACUUCUUCAGGAAAAACGUGUUAGAGAGAUCGUCUUAAAAGCAAUGGGACAGGCAAUCAGUAAAGCAGUGGCUAUUGCAGAAAUUUUAAAGAAGAGAAUAUCACGGUUGCAUCAAGAAACUGCUAUAAGCUCAGUUAGCAUAACUGAUGUAUGGGAACCUAUUGAGGAGGGUCUCGUACCGGUGGAGAUGACUCGUCAUGUCUCAAUGAUUUCAAUUACCUUGUCCAAUCGAGAGCUAAAUAAAAAUUCUCCGGGGUACCAAGCUCCACACUUUGUGGAACAGCCAAAGCAACAAUAUAACAAUCAGCAGCCGCUGCCACAACAACAACCACCCAGACAACCACGUGUUUAUCACAAUGCUGUUAAUGAAGGCACUUUUGCAGAUCCAUAUGGCCAAGGAAGAGGGCGUGGUAGAGGGAGAGGGCGUGGUUGGGGAAGAGGUGGUUAUGGGAACUAUCAAGGUGGAUACGGCAACUACCAAGGUGGAUAUGGUCACUACCAAGGUGGUUACGGCCACUACCAAGGUGGAUCUGAUAACUACCAAGGGGGACCUGGAUAUUAUCAAGAUAAUGGUGGAUACUCAAAUUGGGGAAGAGGAGGUGGGCGGAGUAGAGGCUGGGCCUACCGUGGCGUUUCAAGCAAUUAUUAUCCUCCUGCAGGAGCUGGAUAUGAAAGAGGCCGAGGAGGGGGUAGAGGUUAUGGCCGUGGACGGGGGCGAAUGGGUGGUCGCACAAGGGGCGGUGGAGUAAACCAGGGUUAGACGAAAUCAAAACGUAUUCGUUUGUUCUUCCUACCUCUUGCUUGCCUGCCUUGGCCAGUGGGAUGAAUUAUCACAUAUUUGUUUUGAUAGCUUGAAAUUCAGUUUUUACGAUUUCCAGCGUUUUUAGGCAGUGUCUUUUUUCUUUCCUUUUUUUCUUUUCUUUUCUUUUCAGAUAAUGUGGAAAAUGCAGCAUUGUAUUUGUGGGGCAAGGUUGCUUUUUUGGUUCCAUGUUUUUUGCAUUUAGCUUAAGGGCAAUCAGUUUAUUGUUUGUUAUUAUUGUAAUUCGUUUUACCCA